AUGACGACCACGCCGAGCACCACCGCGCUGGCCAACUUCAUCUGGGGUGAAGAGCGGCUCAAACGGCGGUGCGACAUCCUCGCCGCCAUCUCCAGCAACCCCGUCUUCACCCAGUCGCCGAACUCGCAUGCCCUGUCGAGGAAGGAUCUCUGGACGCUGCGGCUCAAGCAGGGCGUCGAGCUGCUCGAGCUCAAGUUCAAGCUCGGAUGGUCAAAUCAGCAGUUCGUCGAUGCGACCAAGAUCGCAGGGGACAUCCUCUCCCUGGGGGUGAAUUUUCGGAUAUUCAUCAGGAACCUAGAGGCACAGAUGAGCCCCGAGCAAAAAGCGUAUUGGAUCCCCCGGGCCGAGAGGUUCGAGAUCAGUGGAUGCUAUGCCCAGACCGAGUUGGGCCAUGGGAGCAAUGUCAGAGGCAUCGAGACAACGGCGACCUUCGAUCCAAAAACGGAUGAAAUCGUCGUCAACUCGCCCACACUGUCGAGCCACAAGUACUGGAUCGGGUCGCUGGGCAUCGUCGCGACACAUGCCCUCGUCAUUGCGAGGCUGAUCGUCCAGGGAAAGGAUCUGGGCAACCACGUCUUCCUCGUCCAGGUCCGCGAUCUCGACACCCACGAACUUAUGCCCAACGUCAAAAUCUACGAGCAGGGCGAAAAGGGCAUGAGCACCUUCGCGUCAAUGGACAACGGCGUCAUGGCCUUUACAGACUGCCGCAUCCCGAGAACAAAUAUGCUUGCGGGAAUGGUCUCUCUGGAUCCGGACGGGACAUACCACGCCGCGAAGAAUACGAAGCACGCCUACACUUCGAUGGUGAUUAUUCGCGGCCUGAUGUCCGAGGAGCUGGGCAUCGAGGUGGCAAAGGCCGUGAUCAUCGCGUUGAAGUACGCCGAGUUCCGGAGGCAGUUUAAUCCCAAGGACGGACUGGAGAGGAGGGUGGUUGAGUAUGCGAGCGUGCAGAACAGGCUGUUCCCUGCGUUGGCCCGGGCAGUGGCGAUGAUGCUGCUCGGUCGGGAAAUGAGAGCCCGCAUUGACAACAUCAUCAACGAGAGCCUUGAAGAUCUCCAUCUGCAGACAGUUGGCGCAAAGAUCUGGGCAAGUGAACAUGGCGUCCGAGAUGUGGAAAUUGCCCGGCUCAGCUGCGGCGGCCAUGGAAACAUGGCAAGUACCGGACUCGGGUCUCUCUACGCACAACUUUCUCCAUCCAGGACAUAUGAAGGCGAGACAUACGUUCUCUCCCAGCAGAUCGGGAACGCCGUUGUGAAGCAUUGGAAAAACACAUCCGAACAAUCGAUCAGCGCCCUGUCAUACCUUGCACGUCUGAGAGACGCCAGAAGAAUGUCCCAAAAAUCACAAGUCGCCGGCUCGGACGAUUGGUUCAGUCCGCCGGUCCAAGAAGACUUCCUCGAGCACCGAGCAGCGGUUCUUGCCCGACGACAUCUCGGCGACGCCGCCAGGGGGAAAGACACCAGCUACGACGUCUUCGAGCUGACUAUGGCGCACGCGGAUCUCACAUAUUGGCGAGGGUUGCAGGCGCAGGUGAAGCAGAGCGCACAGCAUGACAGGGAGACCAUGGAGGCGUUAGCGAACGUGUUUGCCCUCAACGCCAUGGUCGAAGGCCUCGCCGCCUUUGCGGGCGAAGAAUAUCUGUCCGCUGAACAUGUCGCGAGUUUGCGCCUCGCGUACCAGCAUGCCAUUUCCGGCUUCGCCACUCACGCCCGUGCACUGGUCGAGGCGUUCGGAUUCACCGAGUACGAGCUCAACAGCGUCUUUGCUCGGUCUGGCCAGACCCCCUACGAGGGACUAUUGGAUGUGGCCAAACAGAGCGAGUUGACGGACAAUGUCUUCGUUCGGCCGACGCUGCUGAGGGCGCGGAGUCUGUGGAAGAAGUAUGGCCGGGCGAAGAUAUAG